UUGCUGCGAGCUUCACUUUUCCUCGCGCUAGAAAUUGUUUGCAUAACGCUGUUUUAGCCAUUUUAAAACGUUAAUUUUUACAGGAACAGAAUGGCAGGAUGAUGAAGUGAUUCCUCCUUCUCGCAGGGUAGCUGUCAUCAGUUCUGCGGAGGGAAACAUGCAGCAGUGCUCACCGCCAGUCUUACAGGGAGGUGAUGAAAUGGAUGGUGUUAAGGAGAAACAGGGUCGACUUUCUCGAUCACACAGACUCAAUGACAGUUCAAAGGUGUAUCGAUGGGCUGACCAAGCCAUUUACCUGCUGCAGGGUUUAAAUGAGCAGCGAGAAUGUGGGCAGUUGUGCGAUGUGGUCCUGGUGGCGAACGGGCAGCGGGUUCAUGCCCACCGCGCCCUGUUGGCCGUCUCCAGCCCGUACUUUCAGGCCAUGUUCACGCUUGGUAUGCGAGAAGAGCGCCAAGCUGAAGUGGAGCUUGUAGGUGCUUCGUAUGUCGGGGUUAAAGCGGUCGUGGACUUCCUUUAUAGUGGCGAGUUGCCCUUGGAUGGUGGAAACAUUGACUACGUGCUCGAGACGGCUCACCUGCUGCAGGUCUGGCAGGCUGUCGAUUUCUGUUGUCAGUACCUGGAGAAAGAGGUAAAUGAGGACAACUAUCUGUACCUGCAAGAGCUGGCGAUGCUUUAUAGCUUGGAGCGUCUGGACGCCUUUAUCGACCGCUUUGUCCUGGAACGAUUCACCGCUCUUUCGUGCACACCCAAGUUCUUGAAAGACGUCGGAUUAUCCAAACUCUGUUCCUACUUAGCCAGUGAAGACGUGCAGCACGAGAGUGAGCAGAACCUCCUCCAGACAGCCCUCCAGUGGCUCAGCCAGAAGCCCGAGCGCUUGCCGUUUGCCCACCAGCUUCUGUGCCAUGUCCGCUUGGCCCUGAUCUCACCUGUGCAGCUGGCGGAGCAUGUCCUGCCUGCUGUACGCUCUUUAUUGCCCCCAGACUCAGGCUGUCAAGCACUCGUGGAGGAAGCACUAAGCUACCAUGCUCACGUCAGUGCCCAGCCCGUACUACAGACAGCACAGUCAGCCCUGAGAGGAGGAGUGGCGCGCCUGUUGCUGGUUGGAGGAGAGGUGUAUGAGCGUGGUGAAGAGCUGAGCACUGAUGUGAGCUGGCUAGAUGGAGAAGCAGGAGUGUGGGUGGUAGAGACACAGCUACCUGCUCAGAGGAGCCACCACUGCGUGGCGGUGCUGGGGGGAUUCAUCUUUAUCGCUGGCGGGAGCUCGUUACGGGAUAACGGCGGAGAUGCAGCAAGUAACAUACUCUACCGAUAUGACCCACGUAACAACACAUGGGCCAAGGGUGCCAGUAUGAACCAGCGGCGAGUGGAUUUCUAUCUCGGAACCAUGGGGGACUGUGUGAUUGCUGUUGGGGGACGCAAUGAAAGUGGUGCACUAUCAUCUGUUGAGGUCUACCAUCCUGUGGAGGAUUACUGGACCUAUGUAGCAGGGCUGCCAAGAUUAACAUAUGGCCAUGCCGGCACAACACACAAUGGUGUAGUUUACAUCUCAGGCGGUCAUGACUAUCAGAUUGGACCUUACCGACGUGACAUGCUAAGUUAUGACCCGAGUGCAGGCGACGCAUGGGUUGAGCGUCAAGCCAUGACUCUGGCUCGAGGCUGGCACUGCAUGGCAUCACUGCACGACCGGAUCUAUGCAAUCGGUGGCAGUGAUGACCAUGAGGACAGCAUGGAGCGCUUUGAUGUGCUAGAAGUAGAGGCCUUUGACCCGCACACCGAGCAGUGGAGCAGGGUUGCCCCACUGCGCUACCCGAACAGCGAAGCAGCUGUUGCCGUGUGGGACGGCAAGAUCUACGUGAUGGGAGGCUACACCUGGGAGCACAUGGACUUCUCAGAAAACACUCAGGUGUUCACGCCAGAGAAGGGCCAGUGGACGAUGGGACCCAACCUGCCCAGGUAUAUUGCCGGAGCCUCGGCGUGUGUGUGCACAGUCCGAGCUCGGCAGUCCUGCAGCACUGAACAGGACAGGACAGGAGUGAAGGAGAAAGACAAACAAAACACAAGUCAAGGACAAGACAGAUGACUGGAAGGGCAAAUAUACAGUAACGGUUUGGUAAUGUGCCCUAACAGGGCAGGUAUUCUCCUAACAUGCAGGUUACAGCACCGAGGGCACACGCCCUUAUCAGAUAUCAGUAUUCGUCGGCUGCUUAUGGAGGACAUGGACUGAAUUGAGCUGAUUCGGUUUGGAAACUGCUGGUUGCUGGUGCGUCUUCAGUCAUUUAGUCUUCAGGGUUAUUCCAUGUGUAAGAAUAAUCUGUAGCAUCACUCGAUCUUGGGCUGAAGAAGCGUGUGAAAUAUUUGCAUUAGCAAUUCUCAGUAAUUACAUGGACUAACAUCAUUUUCAGCAUUAGAUGACAACAUUUACAGUGUUGUUAAACAUGUUUAUUCAUUGUCUCUGAGGUUCAGUUCAGUACACCGUAUGUUACAAACACACUUUGGCACUAAUACUCUUGCGAGUAUUUGAAUUCAGGCAAUUUGUUGAGCACGUUAAAUCUCUUUCUUUAAAAUCUUGUUCUGUCCUCUGAAUAACAGCGCUCGCAAUGAGGCACAGUGAGCGUAUCCAAGAUUAACAACAUUUCACUUAAAGGGGUAGUAAGGAUGAGAUUCCAACCUGUGGGACAAAAAAAAACAAAAACCAUACCAUAACAUUGUGAACAAGUUAAUGUGUAUUUGUUUUUUGGGCUGCUUUGUUAAACAGUUGUUUGAGUCGUCCUGCAGUGAGACGUGUGUUUGCUCUUACUCUUCAAUGGCGCAGGCUCUCCAGCCACGAUUCAGAGACCUGAGUGCACUCAUGUCCUCCAAGUCCAGGCAGAAAUCAAAGAUCUACGAUUAUACAAAACGAUAUUAUUGUUGACAUUACUGUAAAUGGCUUUAUUUUAAAAUCCUGUUCAUCUAGAUCAGCCUGCAGAUCAUUCUCCUAAAAAUAAAACUGAAGGUGAAGACAAAA